AUGAUGCCUAAGGAGAAGCCGCUGUGGAAGGGCUUCGCGUUCCGCCUCUGCCUGCUCUCGGCCGCGGUCUUCCUCUGCCUGCAGCUGGGGCUGAGGCGCUCCUGCGCGCCGGCGGAGAAGGCGGGAGCAGCUGCGGCCAGGGCGCUGCCCGCCCGGGGAACAGAGCAGCGCCGCAAGAACGAAGUGGAGGCGCACCUGGCGCCGGGGGCGGGGCGGCCGGAGGCGGCGACCGCCAGCAGGAGGCGGGUGACCUACCUGAGAAGCAGCCGCAGAAGGAGCUCGGAGCCCGCCUGCUGCCCCCUGCAGACCCUGGGCAGCAGCCGCAGGAAGGUAGGGCCCUGUGAGACUAUACGAUGGCACGUAGACCUGCAGCCUUGGGCAAGUCCAACUCCUUCCCUGAAUUAUGAGGCCUUGAGGUUCCUGAAGUAUAUCACCACACCUCAGAUUUCAUGUGAACAUAUGAAUAUGAACAGCCUGACAGAUAACUCUAAAACCAUAAAGAAGCCGUGGCCAAUCUGUCUUGAUGACAGGUUCAGUUUAGUUCAUCGAAUCAAAAGCAAGCAAUGCCGUCUCUAUUCACUUGGACUGAGCAGUGAUGAUAACCAGUUUGAGAUCAGCAUGGCCAACAGUGGAUGUGAGGUGCAUCGAUUUGAUCCUAGUAUCAAAUCAGCUCAUAUUCAGGAGGGACAACACCUCUGGAACCAUCGCCUGUCCAUUGACUGGAGAGAUCCCAAUCCGGCAAUUGCUGCUCAUAAACUACGUAGCCAUACAAAAAAGCUUGGCACCAUCUUGAAUGAAUUUGGACACCAGAAGAUUGAUGUCCUCAAGGCAGAUAUGGAAAGUGCGGAGUGGAAAAUUUUGGAAAACCUGAUUCUGGAAGACAUUGUUGAACAGAUAGGACAAUUGGUCUUUGAAGUCCACGUUCACUGGCCUGGAUUUGAGGUCAGUGGCAAUGACAGCACGGUGGUCCGAUACUGGUACAGUCUUCUCAAAGAAUUAGAACUGAAGGAUUUCAGGCUUUUUCACACUUACAAAGACUUAUUGAAACCACAGAUGUUUCUGAAGAAGGAAGCCUUCAAUGCAAGUAGCUGUUACACACUGAGCUGGGUGAACACAAGAUGGAAAUAGCAUAAAGGAAUUGAUGACAUGUAAUCAUCCCACUCAACAGCAUUAGUGAAAAAGACAUUGGAGCAGCUGACAAAAGUUACUGAACCUGCAAACCGAGGCACUGCUAUCAAAAUGAACUGUCUUUCUGCUUCUCAGCAGUAUCACAAAAGCUGGAUGUUAUCGUGCUUUGCUUCUGAGUACUAGAAAGAGAUCUGGCGUUGAAAUUGUUUUGUACAGUGCAUCUUCCAUGGUUACAUUGAUAGACUUUAUUAGAAACAGAUGAGAGACUUCCUAAGUGUUUGUCUAAGUGGUUAACAGCUCUCCACACAUGGCUGUGGAUUGACCCCAGCCUCCCUAAAGGUCAGCAAAGAGAGUUUGCCUACUCUGUCCCUGAAAAUUCACUGGGAGUGGCUCUAGUACAGUGUACACCAUGAGAUGCUGCUGAAAAAAAUCAUUGAUCCAAGUAAGUUACUUUCUCAAAUGAUUAUGCUUAAACUAGCACCUUUUAUUACUUUAAAAACAAACACUCCCAUGAUAAUUAUGGCAGAUUGUUGUCUUCCAAUCAACAGUUACUUAAAAUGGGACAGUCAAUGGGAAAUCUAGUCAAUUUUUAAAAAGGUGUCAUGUAUUUUCAGAUACUACACCUGCCCCCGAAUGUAUACGCAUGCCAGCUCCUACUCCACAUGCAUCCUUCACUCAGAUCAGUCCCCCUUCCAAUGGCUAACAAGCUGAAAUCACUCAACUGGCCCAUCCAGGUCUCCCUCAGAAGCCCAACUGGCAGGCUCAGUAGGUCCAAGCAAUAUAUUUUAAACUUCCCAGAAAAGUCAUUUCCCCUCACUUUACCAGAAACAUAAUAAAGGAGUGCAUGGUUUAUGUGAACAUUUUGAAAACUUUAGCCCAGCCAAUACUAUCCAUGUGAGGCGGGUGGGGAUUAAGAGAGAAUUUAGUAUUUUUAUGUAAUGUAUUUUCGUUAAACUUUGUAUUAAAUAAAAUGCACCCAGUC